AGUUGGAGAGGAGGAGAGGAGGAGAGGAGGAGCGCGCGCUUUUCACGCCCCACUCUUCACUACUACAGCCGAGCAGCACUCACGUUUCUGCGCUUUUUUUCCUUCUUAAACUUUUGGUGUUGAACCCUGCAGUCUCUCGGACACAUUCUUCUUCUUCUUUUUCUUUUUCAUCUUCAUCGUUUUGGGAUUCCACUCCGGUUAGACCCACCCUCCUGCUCCAGUGUCAGCCAUGUUGGUGAUUUUGGCUUUCAUCAUCCUCUUUCACAUUAUUUCAGCGAUUCUGCUUUUCAUAGCAACAAUCCAGAAUGCUUGGUGGUUUACAACAAACGGUAACUUCUACACUGAUCUUUGGUACAUCUGCAACGUCACUUGUGUAGGGACUCCAGGAAGUGCCUCCGAGGACUCAGGAUAUCUUCAGGCCGUGCAGGCUGCCAUGAUCCUAGCCACGAUCCUGUGCUGCGUGGACUUCUUUGUCUUCAUCCUCCAGCUUUUCCGUCUGAAGCAGGGCGAGAGAUUUGUCUUCACGGCCAUUAUCCAGCUCUUGUCCUCGCUGUGUGUGAUGAUCGCCGCGUCCAUCUACACGGCCGAGCGGACGGGUUUCCAGGACAAGCGUGUACAACAGGGGGACUACGGCUACUCCUACGUGCUCGCCUGGGUGGCCUUCCCCAUGACGUUAAUCAGCGGCCUCAUGUAUUUAGUGCUGCGCAAGCGCAAGUAGACGCCUUACAACAGCCCACCUCACACGGCUGCCACCUUCGCCGACAGAAUUUAUUGUGUAAAUAAUGUUGUUUUUAAAAUGUGGAGAUCCAAAACAUUGUCAAAAUAUAAUAACUAGGGGGAAAAAAGAGCAUAAAAAUACUGGAAAAUAAUACGUCUUUCUUCUGUACUACACAGAUUAACCCUUGGAAAAUUUUAAGGAUUUAGAUUUAGAAUUAGAAAUAGCAAAACCACUAUUUAGGGUUUGUUUUUUAUUUUAUUUUAGAAAGUAUACAGAGUAAAUUCGGCUUAAUAAUUACUUGACCAUUUCUAAAAAGUCAGAUAAAAAAAAAAAUCACGCCGCCGAUUUGUGGGGCACUGCAUCAUACUUGAAGCUGAACAAAGCGGGGCCAGGGGUGUGCAUGACACCGAUUUUGUGAAAGUUUUAUAUCUUCUUAAAAAACUAAAAGUUGUAGUUAUACUGCAUGUUUAAUUGUUACCUGUAUUUAGCUUAGCCUUGAUAUUAAAAGUAGCACAGAUGCUAGAUCAUAGGCAGUGUAAUAAGCUUAGAGUGAAAGAUUUGGGAUUUUUGGGGGGAUUUGGAGAUAAGAUUUAUGUUUGUUUUUAAUUUCUUGUGUUUGACAGAAAUGUUUCAAAUAAUUUAGACCUUUAUUUAUGUUGUUUUUUUUUGUAUUGAAGUAUUAUUUCAUUGAGCUUGAACCCGUUUUACUGAAGGCUUUUUUUUUUUUUUAAAUGGAGUGAAAUGAUAAUGGCAGCUUUCUCCUUGUUUUUAAUCCGUUUUGCUUGUUUCUUUUAAGAUCUAUCCAGUUGCCUGUAUUUCCAGUGACCUGUUCUCUUACUUGGGCUCGUUUUCUGCAUUUUUGAAGUUCAAUUAAAUGUAUUUUACUUUAAAGUC